UUAAAAUAUAAAGUUUCAGUCCUGAUUCAGGAGUUGUACAGCUGUGUGGUGCAGCUCUCCUACACUGCACCCAGAUGUUGCCCCCUGACUAGCUAACAUCCGUCUUUAUUGUUUUAUAUUCUUUGUCACAUUGUUCUUCUGUUUCUGUUUGCCUAUUUUACAAAUAUGACUUGAUAUCUGUUCAGUGCUACUUCAAAUUAAUAUGUUGAAAUAGUUUCUGUAUUGUGUUAUGUUUUUAUGCUAGUAACUGCUGUUAAAAGUUGCUGUAAGCAUCAAUGAGCCGGUGUGUUAUGAUGUGGUGUGUUGUGGGCCGGGUGUGGUGAUCCGCUCAGGACCAGAAAGUCCAGGGCCACUUGUCGGUCCCAGUUCACCCCUGAUUAUUGCUAUUAAUGCUGAAUAAUGUAUAGUGAAAAUUUAAAUAUCAAUGUUAAAAGACUGAAAUGAGGGCCCCAUUCCUGUAUUUUGCCUAUGGCCCCCAAAUCACUAAAUCCUCCCCACGCGACUCACUCAGUCCUCUGCUGCUAUAGGCUACCUUAUGAUUAGUCCGUAUCCAGGAAGUACCACUUCCGUGCUCCGAGCGCGCGCUUCUCCUCAGACCGGGUGUAUCGCGUGCGUUGGAUCUUGAAAGCGCCGUUUGCUCUCGAAGAACCGACAGAGAACAAGCAACACAAACAAUGCAAAAACCGUGAAAUCGGUACUCUUUUAAAUUGCACCUCGACUUUGACCAGAACAAGCGCGUGAAAAACGUGACGUCCGAGCAUGGGAUAUUACAGGAACCGCGCAUGCAUGACGUGACAUGACAUGAUUAUAAUUAUGGCAUGAGUCUGCACGCUUUCCUCACACCUCCAGGGUUGGAAUCCCGCACACACAGGGCAGAGGUUUGAAUCCCGAGUUGGAAUGUUCUCCCCAUUCUUUGGGGGUUUUCUCCGGAUAACAUUUGUCAGCGUUCAGGAUGAGCAGCAGCAGCAGAGAGCUGGAUGACUCAGGGGUUGAAGAAGGGCCUAGGGAAGAGCUGGAGGAGGAUGACGAGCCCAAAGUGUGCCAAGUGUGUGGAGAUACUGCUACAGGAUACCACUUCAAUGCCAUGACCUGUGAAGGCUGUAAGGGUUUUUUCAGACGGGCCAUGAAGGCUACUCCUAAUUUCCACUGUGCGUUCCAGAACAAAUGUAUCAUAACCAAGAGUAACCGACGUCAGUGCCAGUCCUGCCGACUACAGAAAUGCCUCUCAAUUGGCAUGCUGAAGGAAUUGAUCAUGUCCGAUGAGGCUGUGCAGAAACGGAGGAUGCUCAUUCGGAGGAAAAGAAUGGCCGAGGAACCAGCUGUGCUCACGCAAGAACAAGAAGCCAUCAUUCAUGAGCUGCUCAUGGCUCACACAAAAACAUUUGACAUGACCUUCUCUGACUUCAGCCAGUUUCGGCCGCUUGACCGUGACGCCGAGCACACCCAGGUCGCCUCGGCCAGCCACCGGCUUUCUUCUGAAACCGAGAGAGAGGAGGCGCUACAGGACACCAUACAGAAAGCCAUCAGACAUGACUCCUCUUUUGUCAGUGUGUUCCAAACUGAGGAAGCAGAAAACAAAAGUGAAGAAGGAAAAAUUAAGUUCACCAGCCUCCCUCACAUUACAGACCUCAGCACUUACAUGAUCCAGAACGUCAUCAGCUUCGCCAAGAUCAUCCAAACCUUCAGAGAUCUAACAAUAGAGGAUCAGAUCUCAUUGCUGAAAGGUUCCGCGUUCGAGAUCGUCCAAAUGCGUUUCAACAUGCUGUUUAACGAAAAUACAGGGAUUUGGGAAUGUGGCUCGCUGAAGUACUGUAUGAAUGAUGCCCAGCGCGCUGGUUUUCAGCGCCACCUGUUGGACCCUCUCAUGAAGUUCCAUUACGCACUGCGCAGGCUGCACUUACAUGAGGAAGAGUACGUCCUGAUGCAGGCAAUUUCACUGUUCUCACCAGACCGGCCGGGUGUGAUGCAGCACAGAGUGAUUGAUGAGCUUCAGGAGAUAUUAGCUCUCACACUACAGAGCUACAUCAGUGCGAAGCGAAGCGGCCCAGAGAAACAUUUACUGUUCCCAAAAAUCAUGGCUUGUCUGACUGAAAUGAGGACUAUGAACGAGGAACACACUAAGCAGGUGCUGCAGAUUCAGGACAUCCAGCCAGAAGUGUCCCCCCUGAUUCUGGAGAUCGUGAGCAGACAUUUCUGACCCUUAUACUAGACGUCAUACCUCAGAACAAACAACAGCAAGAGCAUGUAAAUCCUCACGGUUGAUCAUCACAGGCUCGAUUCGCGCUUUUUCUGUGGACAUCUUUGGUACAGAUGGAUGAUUCAGUGCGUGCGUUGUGCCAAUGCAGCAUUCCAGCAGCUUUACUUUGAGCUGGCUCAAACAUUACACAAGGAUGUUUGUCAUGAAAAGGUACACUGUGAUGAUUAGAGAAAGGAUCGCGAGAUGUGACAUCACCGGCUAGUGCCUUUUAUCUAAGAUCUCAGUUAAAGGCUAAUGAUAUUAUGAUCCAUGUGACCAAUGACCACUAGCCACUUAAACAAAAACGUGGCAGAAUUAUAGAGAAAUGGUUGACAAACCCACAAGCUUCAUUUGUAUCAAAUGAAAUAUUCUCUUAACAAUUCCGUAACGUAGCACCGGACAGACGUUAACGAUUUUGGUAGUUACGUCUUGCAAAAGUUUGGCUAAAGGCUGGGUGGGAGUGCAAUGUGGACCAAACUCAGUUCUGCAUCUCUACAAGCCAGUCCUCUGCCUCGUGAAGGCAGUGCUCAAGGCAGAGCUCAAGGCAGGAGCGGAGAUUGAAAUUGUUACAGACAUCAAGCAUGUGCUACCAUCGAUGUAACCCAGGAUGGCUGAAAAAUUGCGUCCGUGUCAGCCUGAAACGGCUGAGAAACUGUGCAUAGCUACAGCUACACUAUAGUCAGUGACCUAUAUGAUGGUUACCUGAUAACAUGGCCAUGUGCAUCUCUGAUGUUGCCUCUACUAAUAAAAUAGCCACAGAAUGUUUAAAUACAUCUCAGAAAUGCUGCUUUAGAUGGAUAAAUGAGAUUAGAAAAUAUAAGCUCCCUAGACUAAACAUUAGUCACACCUACCAGUAGCAGUGUUUCAUUGUACAACAUUAAUAGGCUGUGCACCUGGAUAAAUGUAGCUUAGUUCAAAAGGAGAUUAUCGGUUUGUUGGCUAGACUCAGGCUUACUUUUACUCAAGCUGAUUGAAAGCUUGUGGGGUUUCUUCAAACAGUUGAAGAAACACCAGGCUAGGUGUUUAGGACACAGGUUUUCAAAAGUGGGGUCCGAGGACAUGACGCCUAGCCAGGGGUGUGCGUGUUUUGUCUUUUUGUUACAGUGGUGAAAAUCACAGACCACAACUCGUCUUAUUAGAGUGUCUGUAUUAGGAGCGUAACACAAUCACGCUAUCUGUAUUAGUUUAUUACUCCAAAUAUCCGUAUUGGUAUUCAACUUUAAAGACAGUGUGGGCAUGGCCUAAACCAGACGGUAGAAAUCCCAGCACUCGAUUAUUAAUUUGUGUUUGUAGCUGUUUGGAAUGUUUUCUAAUGAAUUUAGAUGGUUCUGUUUACCAAAAUAUAAACAAAUUUAAAAAAAAAAAAAAAAUACUCCAGUACAACAUCCAAAUAGACCUAAUGUUCAGGAAUAAAAUACGUGCAAUUAACAGCUGGAAUAUUAUUGAACACAUUCAAAUAAUGAGCCUAUAUAGCUGGAUUAUAUUGAUAAAAUAAAUCCAUACUGAAUUUAUUUUACAGUUUGCUGUCUGCAGAAAGUUUGAGAUCCCUGUGCUGUAGGUGAAUUGCCACCCAGUCAGUGGUCUAAAAUAGACAGGAACACAAUUCAAGACACUGCACGUCCUUAACUGACAGACGAGUGGAGGUGUAAACAAGUGUUUAUUAAAGAAAGCAUACAUGCAACUACUUUCUUAUCUGGGGAUCUUCAGAUUUAGCCCGUUUCCUACAAUAAAUCAAAUCAAUGCAAAGACAUGACAAGACAAGGCUAAGGUCAGAGGUUGAUACAGGGUUUGCAUGCACUUUUAAUUCCACCACUAAAUGAUAUAGGAUCCUAAAUGCCAUUUAUUGGCAGUAAAAGUCAUCAAAAUGGUUAAAUUGGAAUAAAGUUACUCACAUAAAUGCACCCUGCUGGGGAAAAAAUAUAAAAACAAACAUUAGAAACUCUCAAAGAAUUUGUAAUGGUUUUAAUGGUUAUAAUGGAAACUAAUGCUCCCUGUGGGUCUCGAGUGGUAAUUUCUUGCCCUCUAUUGGUGGUACGUUAUGUCUACUGGUAAGGACCAAUAAUGGUAAUAGUUUUAAUGGUUAGCUGUUGGUUUGUAACGGUACUUGUACUGGAAACCAUUAGAAUUACUGUGAUGGUUUCUGUUGUUUUUUUCAGCAGGGUAUUUAAAAAAACAAACAAACAAAAAAAAUAUAUACCCAUUAACGUAUAUAAGACUUGUCCUCAAUUUCAUUCAACUGUACUUUGAACACAUCAAUAUUUUUUAAAAAACACUACGAUGCUAAUCGUGUUUGUUGUAGGAAGAGAUUAUGCUUAAAUGUGUGAUGUGCGAUGUGUACGUCAUGAUAUUUUAUUACAAUAAGAGAAGAGAUUUAAUACUACAUGAAAAUUUUAUGUUGUGAGAUUUCACUUGUAACAUGUACCUCAGUGAUGGACUCUACAGGGUGAAGGGUGAAAGUUAUGCAAAGCUUCUCAGAAUAAAAACGCCAAUAUUGGAAGUAAUCAAACAGGAAGAACUAUGUGCUCGGAUAAUGUACACCGUUAGCGAUGUAUUUCACCCAUACGUGUGCCAAUCAGGGACAAAAUGGCACUUUUGGCCAUAUGGGUCCUAAAAAUACAUUAGGUGUAAAACAUGAUCACCAGCACUGGGAUGUUUAUUGCACAGUACUUCAGUUUACAGGUCGAAGAAUGUUACAGCGCCAUCUGGUGGCACAAGUACACAGAAGCUCAGCUUUAACUGGAGUCUAAUGACCACAUCUGAGCCCAGGUCAGGUCAGGACGCUUACACACACAAAUUUCAGUUUUGAUAAUGUACCAGAGUGUAUGUGUGACACCAAAAAAAAUAAAAAAUAAAAAAAUAAAUACACACAAAAAAACAAAACAAAACAACAAAAACAGCCAAACGUUUCUGUAUGAUGUCUUUUGCUGUCUGCUGAAAUGCUUUAAAUGUAAAUAUAGAGGUUUAUUAAUGCAACCAAACUGUUUACACAUACAUUAGUGUGCAGAAUGCACAAAUUAAUGAACCAUCGAUGAUCAGUGAAGCCACUCAGGUCUGUUUUCUGUCUGAAUAUAUUUGUAUAGAUGUUCUAAAUCAGGAAAAUAAAUGGGAUGUUUAAAGUUAAUGUAUUGUUCAUUGACAGCUGUGACUUUUAAAUAAACUUUCUCUUACUACAAAAAUCUUCUAUAUUAUUCACUGGAGGCUUUGUGGAGACCAGUAAGGUUUAUUAUACUGGAAAACUAAACUGUCUGCAAUAGCUUUCAUUCAUUGUUAGGCAUGUAAGCAUUGUAUUUUACCAACACUUUUUACAUUAUAAAGCCCUAGUCAAACUGGAUUGGUCUUGCAUGCGAAGGUAAUAUAGUAAUAUAGUUAUUACUGGUGUAUCUCUGGGAUUUGAGUCCUGUCCAACCUGCCAUGUGAGUAAUUUUUUUUUUUUUUUUUUUAUUACACAGGCUGCAUAUACCAGUUUCUGGAAAGAUUAGACAUAUUUUAUCUUCCAUGAAAUGUCCAGCAG